AUGAGCUCCGAAACCUUUGUUCAGCUUCCAACAAUUGAUUUCUGCAACUCAGAUUUAAAGCCAGGCACUUCAGAAUGGGAGUUACUCAAAUCUCAAGUUUGGAAAGCAAUUUCUGAGUAUGGUAGCUUCAGGGCUCUUUAUGGAAAAAUUCCUCUUCAUCUUCAGAAGUCAUUUCUCGGUGAAGUGAAAGAGUUUUUCGACUUGCCCCUUCAAACCAAAAAGCGGUAUGUUUCUGAAGUACCCUUUGAUAGCUACUCUAUGUCUAUACUUCCUGCGUCGCUACGUGAAAGUUUUGGCGUUGGGGAUCCCACGACCUUAAAAAACUGCGAGGACUUCGCCAAUGUUUUGUGGCCACAAGGAAACCCAAGUUUUAGCAAAAAUAUACACGCUUUUUCAAAGCAAGUAUCAGAAUUUGAGAUAAUCAUAAGGAGGAUGAUUUUGGAGAGCUUGAAUCUUGAAAACUACCAGGAUCACCACAUGAACGCAACCACUCUCUUUCUUAGAAUAAUGAAAUACCAUGGAAUGCCUGAAGGUACUAAAACAACGGAUGCGUUAUCUCCACACACAGACCAGAAUUUAAUUACUAUAUUGCAUCAAAAUCAAGUUGAUGGGAUAGAGGUACAAUCCAAAGAUGGUGAGUGGACUAGCGUGGAACUGUCACCAGAUCACUCUUUUGUCAUCUUAAUUGGGAAAUCCUUUAACGCGUGGACGAAUGGUCGACUGCGUGCUCCAUAUCAUCGCGUGAGGAUGACUGGAAAUGAGGCAAGGUAUUCUGCUGGAUUCUUUACGGGUUUCAAAGCAGGUCACUUUCUGAAAGCUCCUGAAGAGCUGAUAGAUGAAGAACAUCCCUUACUGUACAAGCCCUAUGAUUAUUUUGAAUUCCUUAAGUUUCUAAAGACUUGGGUUCCCAACGCCAAGCCAUAUCAGUGUGGUUUAAAGGCAUAUUGUGGUGUGUGA